UCCCCACCGCCACUGAUGCCCCUGGCAUACCUCUGCACUGGGAUGCUGCUAGCAGCACCUCAGGGCUGGGGGGCACCAAGAUGGGGGUUUGCACCUGGGCCUUCCUCCUCCUCUUCGUCCUCCUCUUCCUCCUCCUCUGCAGGGAUGUGGCGGGCACCACGAGCACAACAACAACAACAACAAACACGACCUUGACCUCCAAGACUUCUGCCUACACCACCAAGUCCAGCACCUCUGCCUUAAGCCGCCCCUCAUCUCUAACAGCCUCGAACUUCACCCCCAAAAAUGCCUUGAGCCCGACCUUCUCCACAACCACCUCAGCCCCAAUAAAUUCCUCAAGCCAGAUACCUGAUGGAAGAACCUUGAAUCAAACCUCCGCAUACCCCUCAAACCUGACCACCUCGGACACUGCCCUGAGCCCGAACUCCUCUGCAGCUGCCUCAAGAAAGUCCUACUCCACAGCCGACUCGACCCCGACCAUUUCCACAACUGCCUCAAAUCCAACCCCCUCGACAACUGCAUCAGCUUCCGCAUCCUCUGUCACUACCUCAAGUCCAACAACUUCAAUCACGGCCUCAACCACGUCCUCACUUACUACCUCGAGAAUCAUCAGCAGUAGUUUGAUGAGCACAAGUAACAGGGGGACCAUGAGCAUUACCGCUGUGGCGCACAGAAGCACUACCAGCAGUAGCCCCAAAAGUAGAGACAACAGUGGGCUAACAAUCACUAGCAACACUGGGCCAACGGACACAGGACCCACCUCACCGAUGAGCACCAGCACCACCCGCUCCAUACAGCCCAUGACCAGCAGCAACGAUGGACCCACAAACAGCAGAACAACCACAGGCAUGAGCACCAGCGCAAAUGGACACAUGAGUGCGAGCAACACCACCACUGAGAGCACAGAAAAAAGUAUUGUUGCAAGGAUUACUAAAAAUGAUUGCGAAAACACCAGCGAAACUGCUGACAUAAGCACUAAGACAACCGGAUGCACGAGCACUAGCACCACCACUACAGUGACCACCAGCACCACUGCUCCCAUGAGUACCACCAACACUACAACCAUGAGCACCAGCAAUACUGCUCCCGUGAGCAGCAGCACCACUGCUCCAAUCAGCACUGAGACAACAGGACGUACGAGCAGUACCAGCACUGCUCCCACGACCAGUAGCGCCACUACUGUCAUGAGCACCAGCACCACUUCUCCAACCAGCACCACUACUCCUGUGAGCACCAGCGCUACUUCUCCCACGAGCACCAGCACCACUGCUCCCACAAGCACAAGCGUAACUGCUCCCUUGAGCACCAGCACCACUGCUCCAAUCAGCAGUGAGACAACAGCACCUACGAGCAGCAUCAGCACUGCUCCCUUGAGCACCAGCACCACUGCGACAACAAUCACCAGCACAACUGCUCCAAUCAGCACUGAGACAACAGGACCUACGAGCACCAGCACCACUGCUCCCGUGAGCACCAGCACCACUGAUACCACGAGCACCAGCACCACUUCUCCCACGAGCACCAGCACCACUGCUCCCGUGAGUACCACCAACACUACAACCAUGAGCACCAGCGCCACUGCUCCCACGACCACCAGCACCACUGCUCCCACGAGCACCAGCACCACUGCUCCCGUGAGUACCAGCAUCACUGCUCCAGUGACUACCAGCACCACUGCUACCACAAGCACUCAGACGUCCGGACCCACGAGUACAAUUCCUUCUUCUCCCUUGAGCACCAGCACCACUGCAACCACAAGCACCAGCACCACUGCUCCCACAAGCACCAGUGCCACUGCUCCCACUAGCACCAGCACCACUGCUACCACAAGCACUGAGAUGUCCGGACCCAAGAGUCCAAUACCUACUUCUCACUUGAGCACUAGUGCCACUGCUAGCACAAGCACCAGCCCCACUGCUCCCAUGACUAGCAGCACAACUUCUCCCAUGAGCACCAGCACCACUGCUCCAAUCAGCACUGAGACAACAGGACCUACGAGCAGUACCAGCACUGCUCCCACGACCAGUAGCGCCACUACUGUCAUGAGCACCAGCUCCACUUCCCAAACCAGCACCACUACUCCCGUGAGUACCAGCGUCACUGCUCCAGUGACUACCAGCACCACUGCUACCACAAGCACUCAGACGUCCGGACCCACGAGUACAAUUCCUUCUUCUCCCUUGAGCACCAGCGCUACUUCUCCCUCGAGCACCAGCACCACUGCUCCCACAAGCACAAGCGUAACUGCUCCCUUGAGCACCAGCACCCCUGCAACCAUGAGCACCAGCACCACUUCUCCCACCGGCAUCAGCACCACUACUACCACGAGCACUGAGGCGUCUGAACUCACGAGUACAAUAACUCCAUCUCCCUUGAGCACCAGCACCGCUGCUACCACAAGCCCUGAGACAUCCGGACUUAUGAGCACGAGCGCCACUGCUCCCACGAGCACCAGCACCACUGCUCCAAUCAGCAGUGAGACAACAGGACCUACGAGCAGCAUCAGCACUGCUCCCGUGAGCAGCAGCACCACUGAUACCACGAGCACCAGCACCACUUCUCCCACGAGCACCAGCACCACUGCUCCCGUGAGUACCACCAACACUACAACCAUGAGCACCAGCGCCACUGCUCCCACGAGCACCAGCACCAUUGCGACAACAAUCACCAGCACAACUGCUCCAAUCAGCACUGCGACAAGAGGACCUACGAGCACCAGCACCACUGCUCCCGUGAGCAGCAGCACCACUGCUCCCACGAGCACCAGCACCACUGCUCCCGUUAGUACCACCAACACUACUCCCGUGAGCACCAGCGCCACUGCUCCCACGAGCACCAGCACCACUGCUCCAAUCAGCAGUGAGACAACAGGACCUACGAGCAGCAUCAGCACUGCUCCCUUGAGCACCAGCACCACUGCGACAACAAUCACCAGCACAACUGCUCCAAUCAGCACUGAGACAACAGGACCUACGAGCACCAGCACCACUGCUCCCGUGAGCACCAGCACCACUGAUACCACGAGCACCAGCACCACUUCUCCCACGAGCACCAGCACCACUGCUCCCGUGAGUACCACCAACACUACAACCAUGAGCACCAGCGCCACUGCUCCCACGAGCACCAGCACCACUGCUCCCACGAGCACCAGCACCACUGCUCCCGUGAGUACCAGCGUCACUGCUCCAGUGACUACCAGCACCACUGCUACCACAAGCACUCAGACGUCCGGACCCACGAGUACAAUUCCUACUUCUCCCUUGAGCACCAGCACCACUGCAACCACAAGCACCAGCACCACUGCUCCCACAAGCACCAGCGCCACUGCUCCCACUAGCACUGAGAUGUCCGGACCCACGAGUCCAAUACCUACUUCUCACUUGAGCACUAGUGCCACUGCUAGCACAAGCACCAGCACCACUGCUCCCAUGACUAGCAGCACAACUUCUCCCAUGAGCACCAGCACCACUGCUCCAAUCAGCACUGAGACAACAGGACCUACGAGCAGUACCAGCACUGCUCCCACGACCAGUAGCGCCACUACUGUCAUGAGCACCAGCACCACUUCUCCAACCAGCACCACUACUCCCGUGAGCACCAGCGCUACUUCUCCCACGAGCACCAGCACCACUGCUCCCAUGAGUACCACCAACACUAAAACCAUGAGCACCAGCGCCACUGCUCCCACAAGCACCAGCACCACUGCAACCAUGAGCACCAGCACCACUUCUCCCACCAGCAUCAGCACCACUACUACCACGAGCACUGAGGCGUCUGAACUCACGAGUACAAUAACUCCAUCUCCCUUGAGCACCAGCACCGCUGCUACCACAAGCCCUGAGACAUCCGGACUUAUGAGCACGAGCGCCACUGCUCCCACGAGCACCAGCACCACUGCUCCCGUGAGUACCACCAACACUACAACCAUGAGCACCAGCGCCACUGCUCCAAUCAGCACUGAGACAACAGGACCUACGAGCACUACCACCACUGCUCCCACGAGCAGCAGCACCACUACUCCCACUAGCACCAGCACCACUUCUCCAACCAGCACCACUACUCCCGUGAGCACCAGCGCUACUUCUCCCACGAGCAGCAGUACCACUGCUCCCACUAGCACCAGCACCACUGCAACGACAAGCACUGAGAUGUCCGGACCCACGAGUCCAAUACCUACUUCUCACUUGAGCACUAGCGCCACUGCUAGCACAAGCACCAACACCACUGCUCCCGUGACUAGCAGCACAACUUCUCCCAUGAGCACCAGCACCACUGCUCCAAUCAGCACUGAGACAACAGGACCUACGAGCAGUACCAGCACUGCUCCCACGACCAGUAGCGCCACUACUGUCAUGAGCACCAGCACCACUUCUCCAACCAGCACCACUACUCCCGUGAGCACCAGCAACACUGCUCCCACAAGCACAAGCGUAACUGCUCCCUUGAGCACCAGCACCACUGCAACCAUGAGCACCAGCACCACUUCUCCCACCAGCAUCAGCACCACUACUACCACGAGCACUGAGGCGUCUGAACUCACGAGUACAAUAACUCCAUCUCCCUUGAGCACCAGCACCGCUGCUCCCACGAGCACCAGCACCACUACUCCCGUGAGUACCAGCGUCACUGCUCCAGUGACUACCAGCACCACUGCUACCACAAGCACUCAGACGUCCGGACCCACGAGUACAAUUCCUACUUCUCCCUUGAGCACCAGCACCACUGCAACCACAAGCACCAGCACCACUGCUCCCACAAGCACCAGCACCACUGCUCCCACUAGCACCAGCACCACUGCUACCACAAGCACUGAGAUGUCCGGACCCACGAGUCCAAUACCUACUUCUCACUUGAGCACUAGUGCCACUGCUAGCACAAGCACCAGCCCCACUGCUCCCAUGACUAGCAGCACAACUUCUCCCAUGAGCACCAGCACCACUGCUCCAAUCAGCACUGAGACAACAGGACCUACGAGCACUACCACCACUGCUCCCACGAGCAGCAGCACCACUACUCCCACUAGCACCAGCACCACUUCUCCAACUAGCACCACUACUCCCGUGAGCACCAGCGCUACUUCUCCCUCGAGCACCAGCACCACUGCUCCCACAAGCACAAGCGUAACUGCUCCCUUGAGCACCAGCACCCCUGCAACCAUGAGCACCAGCACCACUUCUCCCACCAGCAUCAGCACCACUACUACCACGAGCACUGAGGCGUCUGAACUCACGAGUACAAUAACUCCAUCUCCCUUGAGCACCAGCACCGCUGCUACCACAAGCCCUGAGACAUCCGGACUUAUGAGCACGAGCGCCACUGCUCCCACGAGCACCAGCACCACUGCUCCCACGAGCACCAGUGUAACGGCUCCCUUGAGCACCAGCACCACUGCGACAACAAUCACCAGCACAACUGCUCCAAUCAGCACUGAGACAACAGGACCUACGAGCACCAGCACCACUGCUCCCGUGAGCAGCAGCACCACUGCUCCCACGAGCACCAGCACCACUGCUCCCGUGAGUACCACCUACACUACAACCACGAGCAGCAGCGCCACUGCGACAACGGUCACCAGCACCAGUGCUCCAAUCAGUACUGAGAUAACAGGACCUACGAGCACCAGCACCACUGCUCCCGUGAGUACCACCAACACUACAACCAUGAGCACCAGCGCCACUGCUCCCACGAGCACCAGCACCACUGCUCCCACGAGCACCAGCACCACUGCUCCCGUGAGUACCACCUACACUACAACCACGAGCAGCAGCGCCACUGCGACAACAAUCACCAGCACAACUGCUCCGAUCAGCACUGAGACAACAGGACCUACGAGCACCAGCACCACUGCUCCUGUGAGCAGCAGCACCACUGCUCCCGUGAGUACCACCAACAUUACAACCAUGAGCACCAGCACCACUGCUCCAAUCAGCAGUGAGACAACAGGACCUACGAGCAGCAUCAGCACUGCUCCCUUGAGCACCAGCACCACUGCGACAACAAUCACCAGCACAACUGCUCCAAUCAGCACUGAGACAACAGGACCUACGAGCACCAGCACCACUGCUCCCGUGAGCACCAGCACCACUGAUACCACGAGCACCAGCACCACUUCUCCCACGAGCACCAGCACCACUGCUCCCGUGAGUACCACCAGCACUACAACCAUGAGCACCAGCGCCACUGCUCCCACGAGCACCAGCACCACUGCUCCCACGAGCACCAGCACCACUACUCCCGUGAGUACCAGCGUCACUGCUCCAGUGACUACCAGCACCACUGCUACCACAAGCACUCAGACGUCCGGACCCACGAGUACAAUUCCUUCUUCUCCCUUGAGCACCAGCACCACUGAAACCACAAGCACCAGCACCACUGCUCCCACAAGCACCAGCGCCACUGCUACCACAAGCACUGAGAUGUCCGGACCCACGAGUCCAAUACCUACUUCUCACUUGAGCACUAGUGCCACUGCUAGCACAAGCACCAGCACCACUGCUCCCAUGACUAGCAGCACAACUUCUCCCAUGAGCACCAGCACCACUGCUCCAAUCAGCACUGAGACAACAGGACCUACGAGCAGUACCAGCACUGCUCCCACGACCAGUAGCGCCACUACUGUCAUGAGCACCAGCACCACUUCCCAAACCAGCACCACUACUCCCGUGAGCACCAGCGCUACUUCUCCCUCGAGCACCAGCACCACUGCUCCCACAAGCACAAGCGUAACUGCUCCCUUGAGCACCAGCACCCCUGCAACCAUGAGCACCAGCACCACUUCUCCCACCAGCAUCAGCACCACUACUACCACGAGCACUGAGGCGUCUGAACUCACGAGUACAAUAACUCCAUCUCCCUUGAGCACCAGCACCGCUGCUACCACAAGCCCUGAGACAUCCGGACUUAUGAGCACGAGCGCCACUGCUCCCACGAGCACCAGCACCACUGCUCCCACGAGCACCAGUGUAACGGCUCCCUUGAGCACCAGCACCACUGCGACAACAAUCACCAGCACAACUGCUCCAAUCAGCACUGAGACAACAGGACCUACGAGCACCAGCACCACUGCUCCCACGAGCACCAGCACCACUGCUCCCGUGAGUACCACCUACACUACAACCACGAGCAGCAGCGCCACUGCGACAACGGUCACCAGCACCAGUGCUCCAAUCAGCACUGAGACAACAGGACCUACGAGCACCAGCACCACUGCUCCCGUGAGCAGCAGCACCACUGCUCCCACGAGCGCCAGCACCACUGCUCCAGUGACUACCAGCACCACUGCUUCCACAAGCACUCAGACGUCCGGACCCACGAGUACAAUUCCUACUUCUCCCUUGAGCACCAGCACCACUGCAACCACAAGCACCAGAACAACUGCUCCCACAAGAACCAGCACCACUGCUCCCACGAGCACCAGCACCACUGCUCCCGUGAGUACCAGCGUCACUGCUCCAGUGACUACCAGCACCACUGCUACCACAAGCACUCAGACGUCCGGACCCACGAGUACAAUUCCUACUUCUCCCUUGAGCACCAGCACCACUGCAACCACAAGCACCAGCACCACUGCUCCCACAAGCACCAGCGCCACUGCUCCCACUAGCACCAGCACCACUGCUACCACAAGCACUGAGAUGUCCGGACCCAAGAGUCCAAUACCUACUUCUCACUUGAGCACUAGUGCCACUGCUAGCACAAGCUACAGCCCCACUGCUCCCAUGACUAGCAGCACAACUUCUCCCAUGAGCACCAGCACCACUGCUCCAAUCAGCACUGAGACAACAGGACCUACGAGCAGUACCAGCACUGCUCCCACGACCAGUAGCGCCACUACUGUCAUGAGCACCAGCUCCACUUCCCAAACCAGCACCACUACUCCCGUGAGUACCAGCGUCACUGCUCCAGUGACUACCAGCACCACUGCUACCACAAGCACUCAGACGUCCGGACCCACGAGUACAAUUCCUUCUUCUCCCUUGAGCACCAGCGCUACUUCUCCCUCGAGCACCAGCACCACUGCUCCCACAAGCACAAGCGUAACUGCUCCCUUGAGCACCAGCACCCCUGCAACCAUGAGCACCAGCACCACUUCUCCCACCGGCAUCAGCACCACUACUACCACGAGCACUGAGGCGUCUGAACUCACGAGUACAAUAACUCCAUCUCCCUUGAGCACCAGCACCGCUGCUACCACAAGCCCUGAGACAUCCGGACUUAUGAGCACGAGCGCCACUGCUCCCACGAGCACCAGCACCACUGCUCCAAUCAGCAGUGAGACAACAGGACCUACGAGCAGCAUCAGCACUGCUCCCGUGAGCAGCAGCACCACUGAUACCACGAGCACCAGCACCACUUCUCCCACGAGCACCAGCACCACUGCUCCCGUGAGUACCACCAACACUACAACCAUGAGCACCAGCGCCACUGCUCCCACGAGCACCAGCACCAUUGCGACAACAAUCACCAGCACAACUGCUCCAAUCAGCACUGCGACAAGAGGACCUACGAGCACCAGCACCACUGCUCCCGUGAGCAGCAGCACCACUGCUCCCACGAGCACCAGCACCACUGCUCCCGUUAGUACCACCAACACUACUCCCGUGAGCACCAGCGCCACUGCUCCCACGAGCACCAGCACCACUGCUCCAAUCAGCAGUGAGACAACAGGACCUACGAGCAGCAUCAGCACUGCUCCCUUGAGCACCAGCACCACUGCGACAACAAUCACCAGCACAACUGCUCCAAUCAGCACUGAGACAACAGGACCUACGAGCACCAGCACCACUGCUCCCGUGAGCACCAGCACCACUGAUACCACGAGCACCAGCACCACUUCUCCCACGAGCACCAGCACCACUGCUCCCGUGAGUACCACCAACACUACAACCAUGAGCACCAGCGCCACUGCUCCCACGACCACCAGCACCACUGCUCCCACGAGCACCAGCACCACUACUCCCGUGAGUACCAGCGUCACUGCUCCAGUGACUACCAGCACCACUGCUACCACAAGCACUCAGACGUCCGGACCCACGAGUACAAUUCCUACUUCUCCCUUGAGCACCAGCACCACUGCAACCACAAGCACCAGCACCACUGCUCCCACAAGCACCAGCGCCACUGCUCCCACUAGCACUGAGAUGUCCGGACCCACGAGUCCAAUACCUACUUCUCACUUGAGCACUAGUGCCACUGCUAGCACAAGCACCAGCACCACUGCUCCCAUGACUAGCAGCACAACUUCUCCCAUGAGCACCAGCACCACUGCUCCAAUCAGCACUGAGACAACAGGACCUACGAGCAGUACCAGCACUGCUCCAACGACCAGUAGCGCCACUACUGUCAUGAGCACCAGCACCACUUCUCCAACCAGCACCACUACUCCCGUGAGCACCAGCGCUACUUCUCCCACGAGCACCAGCACCACUGCUCCCAUGAGUACCACCAACACUAAAACCAUGAGCACCAGCGCCACUGCUCCCACAAGCACCAGCACCACUGCAACCAUGAGCACCAGCACCACUUCUCCCACCAGCAUCAGCACCACUACUACCACGAGCACUGAGGCGUCUGAACUCACGAGUACAAUAACUCCAUCUCCCUUGAGCACCAGCACCGCUGCUACCACAAGCCCUGAGACAUCCGGACUUAUGAGCACGAGCGCCACUGCUCCCACGAGCACCAGCACCACUGCUCCCGUGAGUACCACCAACACUACAACCAUGAGCACCAGCGCCACUGCUCCAAUCAGCACUGAGACAACAGGACCUACGAGCACUACCACCACUGCUCCCACGAGCAGCAGCACCACUACUCCCACUAGCACCAGCACCACUUCUCCAACCAGCACCACUACUCCCGUGAGCACCAGCGCUACUUCUCCCACGAGCAGCAGUACCACUGCUCCCACUAGCACCAGCACCACUGCAACGACAAGCACUGAGAUGUCCGGACCCACGAGUCCAAUACCUACUUCUCACUUGAGCACUAGCGCCACUGCUAGCACAAGCACCAACACCACUGCUCCCGUGACUAGCAGCACAACUUCUCCCAUGAGCACCAGCACCACUGCUCCAAUCAGCACUGAGACAACAGGACCUACGAGCAGUACCAGCACUGCUCCCACGACCAGUAGCGCCACUACUGUCAUGAGCACCAGCACCACUUCUCCAACCAGCACCACUACUCCCGUGAGCACCAGCAACACUGCUCCCACAAGCACAAGCGUAACUGCUCCCUUGAGCACCAGCACCACUGCAACCAUGAGCACCAGCACCACUUCUCCCACCAGCAUCAGCACCACUACUACCACGAGCACUGAGGCGUCUGAACUCACGAGUACAAUAACUCCAUCUCCCUUGAGCACCAGCACCGCUGCUCCCACGAGCACCAGCACCACUACUCCCGUGAGUACCAGCGUCACUGCUCCAGUGACUACCAGCACCACUGCUACCACAAGCACUCAGACGUCAGGACCCACGAGUACAAUUCCUACUUCUCCCUUGAGCACCAGCACCACUGCAACCACAAGCACCAGCACCACUGCUCCCACAAGCACCAGCACCACUGCUCCCACUAGCACCAGCACCACUGCUACCACAAGCACUGAGAUGUCCGGACCCACGAGUCCAAUACCUACUUCUCACUUGAGCACUAGUGCCACUGCUAGCACAAGCACCAGCACCACUGCUCCCAUGACUAGCAGCACAACUUCUCCCAUGAGCACCAGCACCACUGCUCCAAUCAGCACUGAGACAACAGGACCUACGAGCAGUACCAGCACUGCUCCCACGACCAGUAGCGCCACUACUGUCAUGAGCACCAGCACCACUUCUCCAACUAGCACCACUACUCCCGUGAGCACCAGCGCUACUUCUCCCUCGAGCACCAGCACCACUGCUCCCACAAGCACAAGCGUAACUGCUCCCUUGAGCACCAGCACCCCUGCAACCAUGAGCACCAGCACCACUUCUCCCACCAGCAUCAGCACCACUACUACCACGAGCACUGAGGCGUCUGAACUCACGAGUACAAUAACUCCAUCUCCCUUGAGCACCAGCACCGCUGCUACCACAAGCCCUGAGACAUCCGGACUUAUGAGCACGAGCGCCACUGCUCCCACGAGCACCAGCACCACUGCUCCCACGAGCACCAGUGUAACGGCUCCCUUGAGCACCAGCACCACUGCGACAACAAUCACCAGCACAACUGCUCCAAUCAGCACUGAGACAACAGGACCUACGAGCACCAGCACCACUGCUCCCACGAGCACCAGCACCACUGCUCCCACGAGCACCAGCACCACUGCUCCCUUGAGUACCACCAACACUACAACCAUGAGCACCAGCGCCACUGCUCCCACGAGCACCAGCACCACUGCUCCCACGAGCACCAGCACCACUGCUCCCACGAGCACCAGCACCACUGCUCCCGUGAGUACCACCUACACUACAACCACGAGCAGCAGCGCCACUGCGACAACAAUCACCAGCACAACUGCUCCGAUCAGCACUGAGACAACAGGACCUACGAGCACCAGCACCACUGCUCCUGUGAGCAGCAGCACCACUGCUCCCGUGAGUACCACCAACAUUACAACCAUGAGCACCAGCACCACUGCUCCAAUCAGCAGUGAGACAACAGGACCUACGAGCAGCAUCAGCACUGCUCCCUUGAGCACCAGCACCACUGCGACAACAAUCACCAGCACAACUGCUCCAAUCAGCACUGAGACAACAGGACCUACGAGCACCAGCACCACUGCUCCCGUGAGCACCAGCACCACUGAUACCACGAGCACCAGCACCACUUCUCCCACGAGCACCAGCACCACUGCUCCCGUGAGUACCACCAGCACUACAACCAUGAGCACCAGCGCCACUGCUCCCACGAGCACCAGCACCACUGCUCCCACGACCACCAGCACCACUGCUCCCACGAGCACCAGCACCACUACUCCCGUGAGUACCAGCGUCACUGCUCCAGUGACUACCAGCACCACUGCUACCACAAGCACUCAGACGUCCGGACCCACGAGUACAAUUCCUUCUUCUCCCUUGAGCACCAGCACCACUGAAACCACAAGCACCAGCACCACUGCUCCCACAAGCACCAGCGCCACUGCUACCACAAGCACUGAGAUGUCCGGACCCACGAGUCCAAUACCUACUUCUCACUUGAGCACUAGUGCCACUGCUAGCACAAGCACCAGCACCACUGCUCCCAUGACUAGCAGCACAACUUCUCCCAUGAGCACCAGCACCACUGCUCCAAUCAGCACUGAGACAACAGGACCUACGAGCAGUACCAGCACUGCUCCCACGACCAGUAGCGCCACUACUGUCAUGAGCACCAGCACCACUUCCCAAACCAGCACCACUACUCCCGUGAGCACCAGCGCUACUUCUCCCACGAGCACCAGCACCACUGCUCCCACAAGCACAAGCGUAACUGCUCCCUUGAGCACCAGCACCCCUGCAACCAUGAGCACCAGCACCACUUCUCCCACCAGCAUCAGCACCACUACUACCACGAGCACUGAGGCGUCUGAACUCACGAGUACAAUAACUCCAUCUCCCUUGAGCACCAGCACCGCUGCUACCACAAGCCCUGAGACAUCCGGACUUAUGAGCACGAGCGCCACUGCUCCCACGAGCACCAGCACCACUGCUCCCACGAGCACCAGUGUAACGGCUCCCUUGAGCACCAGCACCACUGCGACAACAAUCACCAGCACAACUGCUCCAAUCAGCACUGAGACAACAGGACCUACGAGCACCAGCACCACUGCUCCCACGAGCACCAGCACCACUGCUCCCGUGAGUACCACCUACACUACAACCACGAGCAGCAGCGCCACUGCGACAACGGUCACCAGCACCAGUGCUCCAAUCAGCACUGAGACAACAGGACCUACGAGCACCAGCACCACUGCUCCCGUGAGCAGCAGCACCACUGCUCCCACGAGCGCCAGCACCACUGCUCCCACGAGCACCAACACCACUGCUCCAGUGACUACCAGCACCACUGCUUCCACAAGCACUCAGACGUCCGGACCCACGAGUACAAUUCCUACUUCUCCCUUGAGCACCAGCACCACUGCAACCACAAGCACCAGAACAACUGCUCCCACAAGAACCAGCGCCACUGCUCCCACUAGCACCAGCACCACUGCUACCACGAGCACCAGCACCACUGCUCCCGUGAGUACCACCAACACUACAACCACGAGCACCAGCACCACUGCGACAACAAUCACCAGCACAACUGCUCCAAUCAGCACUGAGACAACAGGACCUACGAGCACCAGCACCACUGCUCCCGUGAGCACCAGCACCACUGAUACCACGAGCACCAGCACUACUGCUCCCGUGAGUACCACCAACACUACAACCAUGAGCACCAGCGCCACUGCUGCCACGAGCACCAGCACCACUGCUCCCACGAGCACCAGCACCACUGCUCCCACGAGCACCAGCACCACUACUCCCGUGAGUACCAGCGUCACUGCUCCAGUGACUACCAGCACCACUGCUACCACAAGCACUCAGACGUCCGGACCCACGAGUACAAUUCCUACUUCUCCCUUGAGCACCAGCACCACUGCUCCCACAAGCACCAGCACCACUGCUCCCACAAGCACCAGCGCCACUGCUCCCACAAGCACCAGCACCACUUCUCCCACCAGCAUCAGCACCACUACUACCACGAGCACUGAGGCAUCUGAACUCACGAGUACAAUAACUCCAUCUCCCUUGAGCACCAGCACCGCUGCUACCACAAGCCCUGAGACAACCGGACUUAUGAGCACGAGCGCCACUGCUCCCACGAGCACCAGCACCACUGCUCCCGUGAGUACCACCAACACUACAACCAUGAGCACCAGCGCCACUGCUCCCACGAGCACCAGCACCACUGCUCCUGUGAGUAUCACCAACACUACAAACAUGAGCACCAGCACCACUGCUCCCGUGAGCAGAAGCACCACUGCUCUCGUGAGCAGCAGCACCACUGAUACCACGACCACCAGCACCACUGCUCCCGUGAGUACCACCAACACUACAACCAUGAGCACCAGCGCCACUGCUCCCACGAGCACCAGCACCACUGCUCCCACGAGCACCAGCACCACUGCUCCCGUGAGUACCAGCGUCACUGCUCCAGUGACUACCAGCACCACUGCUACCACAAGCACUCAGACGUCCGGACCCACGAGUACAAUUCCUACUUCUCCCUUGAGCACCAGCACCACUGCAACCACAAGCACCAGCACCACUGCUCCCACAAGCACCAGCGCCACUGCUCCCACUAGCACCAGCACCACUGCUACCACAAGCACUGAGAUGUCCGGACCCACGAGUCCAAUACCUACUUCUCACUUGAGCACUAGUGCCACUGCUAGCACAAGCACCAGCCCCACUGCUCCCAUGACUAGCAGCACAACUUCUCCCAUGAGCACCAGCACCACUGCUCCAAUCAGCACUGAGACAACAGGACCUACGAGCAGUACCAGCACUGCUCCCACGACCAGUAGCGCCACUACUGUCAUGAGCACCAGCACCACUUCUCCAACCAGCACCACUACUCCCGUGAGCACCAGCGCUACUUCUCCCUCGAGCACCAGCACCACUGCUCCCACAAGCACAAGCGUAACUGCUCCCUUGAGCACCAGCACCCCUGCAACCAUGAGCACCAGCACCACUUCUCCCACCAGCAUCAGCACCACUACUACCACGAGCACUGAGGCGUCUGAACUCACGAGUACAAUAACUCCAUCUCCCUUGAGCACCAGCACCGCUGCUACCACAAGCCCUGAGACAUCCGGACUUAUGAGCACGAGCGCCACUGCUCCCACGAGCACCAGCACCACUGCUCCCGUGAGUACCACCAACACUACAACCAUGAGCACCAGCGCCACUGCUCCCACGAGCACCAGUGUAACUGCUCCCUUGAGCACCAGCACCAUUGUGACAACAAUCACCAGCACAACUGCUCCAAUCAGCACUGAGACAACAGGACCUACGAGCACCAGCACCACUGCUCCCGUGAGCAGCAGCACCACUGCUCCCACGAGCACCAGCACCACUGCUCCCGUUAGUACCACCAACACUACAACCAUGAGCACCAGCGCCACUGCUCCCAUGAGCACCAGCACCACUGCUCCAAUCAGCAGUGAGACAACAGGACCUACGAGCAGCAUCAGCACUGCUCCCUUGAGCACCAGCACCACUGCGACAACAAUCACCAGCACAACUGCUCCAAUCAGCACUGAGACAACAGGACCUACAAGCACCAGCACCACUGCUCCCGUGAGCACCAGCACCACUGAUACCACGAGCACCAGCACCACUUCUCCCACGAGCACCAGCACCACUGCUCCCACAAGCACCAGCACCACUGCUCCCGUGAGUACCACCUACACUACAACCACGAGCAGCAGCGCCACUGCUCCAAUCAGCAGUGAGACAACAGGACCUACGAGCAGCAUCAGCACUGCUCCCUUGAGCACCAGCACCACUGCGACAACAAUCACCAGCACAACUGCUCCAAUCAGCACUGAGACAACAGGACCUACGAGCACCAGCACCACUGCUCCCGUGAGCACCAGCACCACUUCUCCCACGAGCACCAGCACCACUGCUCCCGUGAGUACCACCAGCACUACAACCAUGAGCACCAGCGCCACUGCUCCCACGAGCACCAGCACCACUGCUCCCACGAGCACCAGCACCACUGCUCCCACGAGCACCAGCACCACUACUCCCGUGAGUACCAGCGUCACUGCUCCAGUGACUACCAGCACCACUGCUACCACAAGCACUCAGACGUCCGGACCCACGAGUACAAUUCCUACUUCUCCCUUGAGCACCAGCACCACUGAAACCACAAGCACCAGCACCACUGCUCCCACAAGCACCAGCGCCACUGCUCCCACUAGCACCAGCACCACUGCUACCACAAGCACUGAGAUGUCCGGACCCACGAGUCCAAUACCUACUUCUCACUUGAGCACUAGUGCCACUGCUAGCACAAGCACCAGCACCACUGCUCCCAUGACUAGCAGCACAACUUCUCCCAUGAGCACCAGCACCACUGCUCCAAUCAGCACUGAGACAACAGGACCUACGAGCAGUACCAGCACUGCUCCCACGACCAGUAGCGCCACUACUGUCAUGAGCACCAGCACCACUUCUCCAACCGGCACCACUACUCCCGUGAGCACCAGCGCUACUUCUCCCUCGAGCACCAGCACCACUGCUCCCACAAGCACAAGCGUAACUGCUCCCUUGAGCACCAGCACCCCUGCAACCAUGAGCACCAGCACCACUUCUCCCACCAGCAUCAGCACCACUACUACCACGAGCACUGAGGCGUCUGAACUCACGAGUACAAUAACUCCAUCUCCCUUGAGCACCAGCACCGCUGCUACCACAAGCCCUGAGACAUCCGGACUUAUGAGCACGAGCGCCACUGCUCCCACGAGCACCAGCACCACUGCUCCCGUGAGUACCACCAACACUACAAACAUGAGCACCAGCGCCACUGCUCCAAUCAGCACUGAGACAACAGGACCUACGAGCACUACCACCACUGCUCCCACGAGCAGCAGCACCACUUCUCCAACCAGCACCACUACUCCCGUGAGCACCAGCGCUACUUCUCCCACGAGCAGCAGUACCACUGCUCCCACUAGCACCAGCACCACUGCAACGACAAGCACUGAGAUGUCCGGACCCACGAGUCCAAUACCUACUUCUCACUUGAGCACUAGUGCCACUGCUAGCACAAGCACCAGCCCCACUGCUCCCAUGACUAGCAGCACAACUUCUCCCAUGAGCACCAGCACCACUGCUCCAAUCAGCACUGAGACAACAGGACCUACGAGCAGUACCAGCACUGCUCCCACGACCAGUAGCGCCACUACUGUCAUGAGCACCAGCACCACUUCUCCCACCAGCAUCAGCACCACUACUACCACGAGCACUGAGGCGUCUGAACUCACGAGUACAAUAACUCCAUCUCCCUUGAGCACCAGCACCGCUGCUACCACAAGCCCUGAGACAUCCGGACUUAUGAGCACGAGCGCCACUGCUCCCACGAGCACCAGCACCACUGCUCCCACGAGCACCAGUGUAACGGCUCCCUUGAGCACCAGCACCACUGCGACAACAAUCACCAGCACAACUGCUCCAAUCAGCACUGAGACAACAGGACCUACGAGCACCAGCACCACUGCUCCCACGAGCACCAGCACCACUGCUCCCACGAGCACCAGCACCACUGCUCCCGUGAGUACCACCUACACUACAACCAUGAGCACCAGCGCCACUGCUCCCACGAGCACCAGCACCACUGCUCCCGUGAGUACCAGCGUCACUGCUCCAGUGACUACCAGCACCACUGCUACCACAAGCACUCAGACGUCCGGACCCACGAGUACAAUUCCUACUUCUCCCUUGAGCACCAGCACCACUGCAACCACAAGCACCAGCACCACUGCUCCCACAAGCACCAGCGCCACUGCUCCCACUAGCACCAGCACCACUGCUACCACGAGCACCAGCACCACUGCUCCCGUGAGUACCACCAACACUACAACCACGAGCACCAGCACCACUGCGACAACAAUCACCAGCACAACUGCUCCAAUCAGCACUGAGACAACAGGACCUACGAGCACCAGCACCACUGCUCCCACGAGCACCAGCACCACUGCUCCCACGAGCAGCAGCACCACUGCUCCCGUGAGUACCACCAACAUUACAACCAUGAGCACCAGCACCACUGCUCCAAUCAGCAGUGAGACAACAGGACCUACGAGCAGCAUCAGCACUGCUCCCUUGAGCACCAGCACCACUGCGACAACAAUCACCAGCACAACUGCUCCAAUCAGCACUGAGACAACAGGACCUACGAGCACCAGCACCACUGCUCCCGUGAGCACCAGCACCACUUCUCCCACGAGCACCAGCACCACUGCUCCCGUGAGUACCACCAACACUACAACCAUGAGCACCAGCGCCACUGCUCCCACGAGCACCAGCACCACUGCUCCCACGAGCACCAGCACCACUACUCCCGUGAGUACCAGCGUCACUGCUCCAGUGACUACCAGCACCACUGCUACCACAAGCACUCAGACGUCCGGACCCACGAGUACAAUUCCUACUUCUCCCUUGAGCACCAGCACCACUGAAACCACAAGCACCAGCACCACUGCUCCCACAAGCACCAGCGCCACUGCUCCCACUAGCACCAGCACCACUGCUACCACAAGCACUGAGAUGUCCGGACCCACGAGUCCAAUACCUACUUCUCACUUGAGCACUAGUGCCACUGCUAGCACAAGCACCAGCACCACUGCUCCCAUGACUAGCAGCACAACUUCUCCCAUGAGCACCAGCACCACUGCUCCAAUCAGCACUGAGACAACAGGACCUACGAGCAGUACCAGCACUGCUCCCACGACCAGUAGCGCCACUACUGUCAUGAGCACCAGCACCACUUCUCCAACUAGCACCACUACUCCCGUGAGCACCAGCGCUACUUCUCCCUCGAGCACCAGCACCACUGCUCCCACAAGCACAAGCGUAACUGCUCCCUUGAGCACCAGCACCCCUGCAACCAUGAGCACCAGCACCACUUCUCCCACCAGCAUCAGCACCACUACUACCACGAGCACUGAGGCGUCUGAACUCACGAGUACAAUAACUCCAUCUCCCUUGAGCACCAGCACCGCUGCUACCACAAGCCCUGAGACAUCCGGACUUAUGAGCACGAGCGCCACUGCUCCCACGAGCACCAGCACCACUGCUCCCACGAGCACCAGUGUAACGGCUCCCUUGAGCACCAGCACCACUGCGACAACAAUCACCAGCACAACUGCUCCAAUCAGCACUGAGACAACAGGACCUACGAGCACCAGCACCACUGCUCCCGUGAGCAGCAGCACCACUGCUCCCACGAGCACCAGCACCACUGCUCCCGUGAGUACCACCUACACUACAACCACGAGCAGCAGCGCCACUGCGACAACGGUCACCAGCACCAGUGCUCCAAUCAGCACUGAGACAACAGGACCUACGAGCACCAGCACCACUGCUCCCGUGAGUACCACCAACACUACAACCAUGAGCACCAGCGCCACUGCUCCCACGAGCACCAGCACCACUGCUCCCACGAGCGCCAGCACCACUACUCCCGUGAGUACCAGCGUCACUGCUCCAGUGACUACCAGCACCACUGCUACCACAAGCACUCAGACGUCCGGACCCACGAGUACAAUUCCUACUUCUCCCUUGAGCACCAGCACCACUGCAACCACAAGCACCAGCACCACUGCUCCCACAAGCACCAGCGCCACUGCUCCCACUAGCACCAGCACCACUGCUACCACGAGCACCAGCACCACUGCUCCCGUGAGUACCACCAACACUACAACCACGAGCACCAGCACCACUGCGACAACAAUCACCAGCACAACUGCUCCAAUCAGCACUGAGACAACAGGACCUACGAGCACCAGCACCACUGCUCCCACGAGCACCAGCACCACUGCUCCCGUGAGUACCACCAACACUACAACCACAAGCACCAGCACCACUGCUCCCACAAGCACCAGCGCCACUGCUCCCACUAGCACCAGCACCACUGCUACCACGAGCACCAGCACCACUGCUCCCGUGAGUACCACCAACACUACAACCACGAGCACCAGCACUACUGCCACAACAAUCACCAGCACAACUGCUCCAAUCAGCACUGAGACAACAGGACCUACGAGCAGCAGCACCACUGCUCCCACGAGCAGCAGCACCACUGCUCCCACGAGCAGCAGCACCACUGCUCCCGUGAGUACCACCAACAUUACAACCAUGAGCACCAGCACCACUGCUCCAAUCAGCAGUGAGACAACAGGACCUACGAGCAGCAUCAGCACUGCUCCCUUGAGCACCAGCACCACUGCGACAACAAUCACCAGCACAACUGCUCCAAUCAGCACUGAGACAACAGGACCUACGAGCACCAGCACCACUGCUCCCGUGAGCAGCAGCGCCAGUGCUCCCACGAGCACCAGCGCCACUGCUCCCACCAGCACUAGCCCCACUGCUACCACAAGCACUCAGACGUCCGGACCCACGAGUUCAAUUCCUACUUCUCCAUUUAGCACCAGCACCACUGCGACAACGGUCACCAGCACCAGUGCUCCAAUCAGCACUGAGACAACAGGAUCUACGAGCAGCACCAGCACCACUGCUCCCGUGAGCACCGCUAUUGCCAUGAGCACCAGCACCACUGUUCCCACGAGCGCCGCUAUUGCCAUUAGCACCAGCACCACUGCUCCCACCAGCACCAGCACCACUGCUACCACAAGCACUGAGGCGUCUGAACUCAUGAGUACAAUAACUCCAUCUCCCUUGAGCACCAGCACUGCUGCUACCACAAGCACCAGCGCCACUGCUCCCACGAGCACUGGCACUUACACGUCCAUGAUCAGCAGCACCACCAGACAAACAGCCACUACCACUAACAACCAGCCAAGCAGCACCACCACUCUCCUCACCACCAGCACUACCAUGCUCUCCAAGACCACCACCACUCUGCCAACCACCACGCUCCCCACUACCACCAGCCAGCCAACCACCACCCAGCCAAACACCAGGACCACCGUGCUCUCCACCAUGAGCACCACCUCUGCUCAGCCAACCAAUGCCACCGUCACACUCCCCACCUCCACCACCCACUCAACAACCACAGCCACCAUGCACCCAACCACCACCAUUACCACCACAACGACCACCAUCAAGACAACGACCACCACCACCACACGUGCAACUACCACCACUACUACCACCAGGACCACCACGAGCCCAACCACCACCACCACCCCAGGGGUCUGCGAAAAUGGAGGCACUUGGGUCAACGGCCAAUGUGUGUGUCCCCCGGGAUACACGGGCGCCAACUGCGGUUCCGUCGAGAGCAGCAUCGAGACCAAAGCUGAAACGAACGUGUCCGUGAGCGUGGAGCUGCGAGUCACCAACCAGGAGUUCACCGAGGACCUCCGAAACGAAAGCUCUGAAGUCUACAAGAGCUUCGUCCUCAGCUUCACCCUGCAGAUGGAAAUCUUCUACCGCAACAUUGAAGGCUACCAGGGCAUCAAGAUCCUGAGUCUGUCACCGGGCAGCAUCGUGGUGAAUCACACCGUCAUCGUUGCUGUGCUGGUGACCGCCGAUACCACGGAGAAGAUCAGUAACGUCACCAAGAAUGUGCAGGAGGAGAUCGUCCAAGCAGCGACCCAGCAGGAAAACUGCACUGAUAACAGCACCUUCUGCUUCAACGCCUCCGAAGUGACGAUCACCAAACCCUCGUACGAGUUCAAUGCAACAGCGUAUUGCCGCCAGAUCGCACCCAGUGACUUUCAGAACUUCUACUACCCCAACAUCACCAAAAGCGGCCUCACCUGCGUGUCCAACUGCUCGGCCAACACCGCCAGUGCCAUCGACUGCAACGAGGGGCAGUGCCAGCUCACCCGGAGUGGCCCCCAGUGCUUCUGCCGUGAGACCAACCUCUACUGGUACCAAGGCGAUCGGUGCAAGAGCCGGGUCAGCAAGAUGGCCGUGGGCAUGGGCCUGGCCGUGGCGGUCUUGUGCUUGGUCAUCUUCGUCCUUGCCGCCUUCCUCUUCAGGGCCAAGUGGCAGAAGUGGUCAGACAGGUCCAGCGACCUGACGGAGACCAAGCAGCACUGGUAUGAGGAAGAGGAUGAAAACUGGGAAGUCCCUGGGGGCUUCACCAUCCAGAAUGAAGGCACUGGUGGCAUUCGUUUGUACUGGGAUGGUUCCAACAUGCCUAGGGCUGUUAAUCCCUUCCCCUGGGGAAGCCCCAGGUGGGGAUGCACAGCUCCUCCCCCCAGAGGGGCAAAGUUCCCCACCGCCACUCCUGCCCCAGGCAUGGCUCUGUACCGGGACACUGCUGGCAGCGCUGCAGAACUGGGGGGUGCCAAGAUGGGGUCUUGUACCCGGGCCUUCCUCCUCCUCUUCCUCCUCCUCCACGGGGUUGCAAUGGACCCCUCCAACUUGACCCCAGACCUCUCUGCCUUGACAACCCCAGACCCCUCCACCUCGACCCUGGACCCCUCCACCACAACGACUCCAGGCCCCUCCACCGCAACGACCCCGGACACCUCCACCACAACGACCCCGGGCCCCUCCACCGCAACGACCCCGGGCACCUCCACCACAACGACCCCGGGCCCCUCCGCCACAACAACCCUGGACGCCUCUGCCACAACGACCCCGGGCCCCUCUGACACAAGGACCCCGGGCCCCUCCGCCUCAACCCCAAGCCCCUCCACCUUGACAAUCCCAGAUCUCUCCACCAUGAUGACCCCAGACACCUCUGCCUCGACCUGGGACCCCACAACCUCCACCAUGACAACCCCAGACCCCUCUGCCACGACAACCCCGGACUCCUCCACUUUGACGACGCCAGACCCUUCUGCCAUGACAACCCCAGACCCCUCCACCUCAACCCUGGACCCCUCCACCACAACGACCCCAGACCCCUCCAACUUGACCCCAGACCUCUCUGCCUUGACAACCCCAGACCCCUCCACCUCGACCCUGGACGCCUCCACCUUGACAACCCCAGACCCCUCCACCUUGACCCUGGACCCCUCCACCUUGACAACCCCAGACACCUCCACCUUGACAACCCCAGACCCCUCUGCCUUGACAACCCCAGACCCCUCCUUCUCGACCCCAGAUCCCUCCACUGUGAUGACCCCAGACCCCUCCACCUCAACCAAGGACCCCUCCACCAUGACAACUCCAGACCCCUCUGCCAUGACAACUCUGGACUCCUCCACCUCAACCCCAGACCCGUCCACCUCAACUAAGGACCCCUCCGCCUCGACCCCGGACCCCUCCACCCCAACAACCUCAGACCCCUCCACCUCAACCCCAAACCCCUUCACCUUGACAACCCCAGACCCCUCCACCUUGAUGACCCUGGACUCCUCCACCUCGACGACCCCAGACCCCUCCACUGUGACCCCGGACCCUACCAACUCCACCCCGACCCUAGACCCCACCACUUUGACUGCAACUCUGACCUCUUCCUCCCCCGCCUCAACCCCUGACUCCUCCACCUCUGCCCUUACCCCAGCCUCCUCUGUCUCCACCUUAAUUCCUGGCUCCUCUGACUCCACCUCAACCCUGACCUCCUCUGUCACCCCCUCAACCCCUGACUCCCCUAGCACCCCCACCAGCAGCAUCCCCACGACCACCACCAUCACUGGCUCCAGCGCCCUCACAACCACCAGCAGCACUGCUCCAGAUGUUUCUUCCACACCCACCGCUUCUAGUGCAGCAACCACGAGUUUGGUGACAACAACCACAACCACCACCAGCAUCACCACCAGUCCCACAGAUGUCACCACGACCAUCAACAGCCCCACGACCACUUCUGGAGCCACCACCAGCCCCACAACCACCACCAUGAUGACCACUGGUGCCACCACCACCACCACCCUUCCGACCACCACCACCACCACCACGACUACGAAACCGACCACCACCACUACGCGCUCAACCACUACCACUACCACCACAACCACCAAGACCACCACCACAAGCCCAACCACCACCUCCACUACCACUACCCCAGGGAAAUGCGAAAAUGGAGGCACUUGGGUCAACGGCCAAUGCGUGUGUCCCCCGGGAUACACGGGCGCCAACUGCGGUUCCGUCGACAGCAGCAUCGAGACCAAAGCUGAAACCAACGUGUCGGUGAGCGUGGAGCUGCGGGUCACCAACCAGGAGUACACCAAGGACCUCCAAAACGAAAGCUCUGAAGUCUACAAGAGCUUCGUCCUCAGCUUCACCCUGCAGAUGGAAAUCGUCUACCGCAACAUUGAAGGCUACCAGGGCAUCAAGAUCCUGAGUCUGUCACCGGGCAGCAUCGUGGUGAAUCACACCGUCAUCGUUGCUGUGCCAGUGACCGCUGAUACCGUGGAGAAGAUCAGUAACGUCACCAAGAAUGUGCAGGAGGAGAUCGUCCAAGCAGCGACCCAGCAGGGAAACUGCUCUGAUAACAGCACCUUCUGCUUCAACGCCUCCGAAGUGACGAUCACCCAACCCUCGUACGAGUUCAAUGCAACAGCGUAUUGCCGCCAGAUCGCACCCAACGACUUUCAGAACUUCUACUACCCCAACAUCACCAAAAACGGCCUCACCUGCGUGUCCAACUGCUCGGCCAACACCGCCAGUGCCAUGGACUGCAACGAGGGGCAGUGCCAGCUCACCCCAAGUGGCCCCCAGUGCUUCUGCCGUGAGACCAACCUCUACUGGUACCAGGAUAAUCGGUGCAAGAGCCGGGUCAGCAAGAUGGCCGUGGGCAUGGGCCUGGCCGUGGCAGUCUUGUGCUUGGUCAUCUUUGGCCUUGCUGCCUUCAUCUUCAGGUCCAGGAGGCAGAAGUCGUUGGACAGGUACAGCAACCUGACAGAGACCAAGAAGCAGUGGUACGAGGAAGAGGAUGAGAACUGGAAACUCCCUGGGGGCUUCACCAUCCAGAAUGAUGAUGUCUAUGAGGACACCAUGCGGGUUGACCUGCAGUCCGUGGACACCUUGGCAAAGGUCCAAAUCCAGAGGCCAGAGAGGAUCACCUCGGAGCUCUGAGCAGGGAGGAGGGGACACCAGGAGGCUGCCUCCUCUCCCCCCAGGGAGCCACACAGCACUGGGGGAUAACCCUUGCUUUUCGGGAGGUAUCAUGACCUCAAGUUGGGGAUCAUGGCCCUCACUUUUAUGGUCAUGACUCCCACCCUUCCUAUAGCACUUCAUUUGGCCCCAACCUCUGCCUGCACAUACCAGUCCUGGCCCUGUUCUCCUGGUGAUGACCUCACUUGGUGGGCCAUGAUGUCACUUCCAGGGUGUUCUCCCACACACACACAGGUCACUUUAAGGGUCAGGACUCCCCCUCUUCCCCCUGCAUAGGGCUGGACCCCCUCCAAUUCCAAAUAAAAAAACUAUCAAGUCA